AUGUCUUUUGGCUACUCCGUCGGCGAUGUCAUUACCGGCGCCAACCUCACGUACAAGCUCAUACGGAUCAUGGCCGGCACAAAGGGCGCGUCGGACGAGUACCUCGAGGCAAUGUCCGAGCUGUCAGCAAUGCAACAAGCCUUCCUGCAAGUCGAUCAGAUCCGAGCGCAUAAAGUGCUGCCUCCGGCAACGGUCAAUGCAUUCUCCUUCAUCGUCGCUUCCUCAAUAGACCUCAUCGCCAGCUUUCUCGAAAAGAGCAAGGGAUACCAGCGCCGUCUCGAAAAUCCCAAAGACUCUGCUUUCCAAAGUUCUUGGUACAAGGUGGGAUGGACGCUCUACAAGUCUCACGAGCUUCGCCAGCUGCGCGAUGCGCUGCACACGAGACUGGCUUCAAUCCAGAUGCUCCUGUCCGCCUCACCUUACUGCACGCCCCUGCCGUCAUCGCUCGCCCAAUAUCGGGUAGAGGAUCAAGGCGCUCGCCCUUCUUCUACAACUACAUCGACUGCGAUACCCAGUGUCGAAGAGGAGAGCAUCGAUGGCGAGCGCGCAUCCGUGACAGAGGCCGAAGGGAACAACCGUCACCGUGACCAGUCAAUAAAGACAGAAGGCGGCCCUGCGUCCCAGGAUCCAAAGAGAAAGAACUUGAACACGAACAACGAUCGCCACUUUAUCCACUUCAAGGACGCAGUUGGGAGAAAGUUCACGUUCCCGUGGGAAUAUUGCAGAACCUGGGCUGGUAUGGAGGACCUAAUCAAGCAAGCCUUCAUGCACGUCGAUGUUUUAGGGCCUCAUGUCCAUCAAGGUCAUUAUGACCUGAUGGUAGAUGGAACAAUCAUCCUGCCAACGCUUUGGGAGAAGGUGAUGGAGCCGGACUCGGACGUUGUCAUGACGAUGUGGCCCAUUGAGCAGAAGAGGCCCCCGAAGGCCGGGCUAAAACCGCCAUCUCUUCCCGCAUGGUUCUCUGGCGGUUCGAGAGCAGACCGCAGUAAGAAAGAGCGGAGCCGGGCGGGCAUGCCGGUGGCGAUGGAGGUCCCUGCAAGACCCAUGGGAGCGCGCUGGCCAGACGGAAAGAAGAAGAGCAGCACGAGGCGUCGCAGCACGAUCAGCUCCGAAAAUGACCUCGACACGGACCCUGAUACUGCUACAACAAGCGACUGGGCCGACGACGAACCGGUCACUGGCGAGGUGAAUCCUUUCGCGGCUACCGUUGAAGACUGCGAGUCGGUUGAUGAGCCUGAGGGAAAGCAGUUGGACCAUGAGCGAGUAGGUGAAUAG